AAAACAGACAUCGCAACGUGGUGCACAAUUUGUUGAUUUGAUCUUUAUAACGUCGAAAAUUCGGUCCAAAAUCUUUUUUAAUAGCUCGAUCCAAUCAUGAGUGUUCUUGAUAAAAUUACGGCCAUCGAAGCCGAGAUGGCCAGAACACAACGAAACAAAGCGACGAUGGGACAUUUGGGUAUUCUUAAAGCUCGUUUAGCUAAACUUCGACGUGAACUAAUUACUCCUAAAGGUGGUGGAGGUGCUACUGGUGAAGGUUUUGAUGUGGCCAAAACUGGCGAUGCUCGAAUCGGAUUCGUUGGUUUUCCAUCCGUCGGCAAAUCGACGUUAUUGUCAAAUUUAGCUGGCGUUUAUUCUGAAGUUGCUGCCUAUGAAUUCACAACAUUAACAACUGUACCCGGAGUGAUAAAAUAUAAAGGUGCUAAAAUUCAAUUACUCGAUCUUCCUGGAAUCAUAGAAGGUGCCAAAGAUGGUAAAGGUCGUGGUCGUCAGGUUAUUGCCGUUGCUCGAACUUGUAGCUUAAUUUAUAUUGUAUUGGAUGUACUAAAACCAUUGCAACAUAAACGAAUAAUUGAACGAGAAUUAGAAGGAUUUGGUAUUCGUCUGAAUAAAGAACCCCCACAGAUAACGCUACGCCGGAAAGAUAAAGGUGGUAUUAACCUACAAUGUUUAGUACAGCAAUCGGAAUUGGAUUUCGAUACUGUCAAAACAAUAUUAGCCGAAUAUCGAAUAGCGAAUGCUGAUGUUGUACUCAAAUAUGAUGCCAAUGCUGAUGAUUUAAUUGAUGUGAUAGAAGGCAACCGUAUCUAUACUCCUUGUAUUUAUAUCCUGAACAAAAUUGAUCAGAUUUCCAUUGAAGAAUUGGAAAUUAUUUAUAAAAUUCCACAUUGUGUUCCUAUAUCCGCUCAUCAUAAAUGGAAUUUUGAUGAUCUUCUCUAUAGGACAUGGGAUUAUCUGAAAUUAAUUCGAAUCUAUACAAAACCAAAAGGUCAACUGCCUGAUUAUGAUGCACCGGUCAUUCUGAAUCGUGAACGUAAAACGGUUGAAGAUUUCUGUAAUAAACUACAUAAAUCGAUUAUGAAAGAAUUCAAAUAUGCAUUAGUAUGGGGAACAUCGGUGAAACAUAAUCCACAAAAAGUUGGUAAAGAUCAUGAAUUGAAUGAUGAAGAUGUUGUACAAGUUGUUAAAAAGGUCUAAAUUUGUGAUGGAAACUCAAUAAUUUGUGAACGAAAUUAAUUUUCCUUUCAAAAA